CUUUAUAUAUACAAUCUCCCAAGAUAGGCUCCACAGCCUACACUUUCCCCAUGUCCAAUUCGCUGUCUCCUUCUGUCUCUCACUCAUUUCCACCAACAGUGUCGCACAUUCGCGCGUUCCCCUUACGCGCCACCAUCUCCAUUCCGAUCGCUGUCUCGGCUCGCACCUAUCCUUCUACUCUCCACCGUAGAUUUCUCUGGAUUCCUUCUCCGAUAAUGAGCUCCAACACGAAACUUGCCGCGACUCAGCCGGAGCUGUGGCAACUUGAUGAUUCAUCCGAUUUCGAAAAGCUCCUCUCGCCGAGCGGUUACAUCUCUAUCUGCGGCUUCGGUUCCCUUCUCUCCGAAAGGAGCGCACGAAGUACGUUUCCGAAUCUAUUGAACUUCAGAGUAGCGAAAUUGAAAGGAUUUAGGCGUGUCUUCGCUCACGUCGCCCCAAUUUUCUUCGAUCGUGGCAUCGCCAAGCCUGAAACCAAGGAGAUAUCAAGCUUAAGUGUAGAGCCUUGUGAAGGGGAGACUCUAAUUGUUACUGUUUUCGAGAUUCAAAAAUCUGAGAUUCCAGCUUUCAUGGAAAGAGAACUCGAAUUCCGAUUUCUUGCUGUCUUGCCUGAAACACUUGAUGGAGAGCCUUUUGCUAAUCCAGCCGUGCUUUGUACUCGUUACAGUGAUGAGGAGUUCUUUCAAAUUAGAUGCAAAGGAAAUAAGGACAUUUAUUUCCAGCACUACGGUCGAUACAACAUCGAAAAGAUUUGGCGAGAUGAUAUCUUGCCGUGCCGUGUAUAUCUUCGACAUUGUGUGUUGGCAGCUAAGAAUCUUGGUGAUAUUGCUUACAAUAACUUCUUGGAUCAUACUUUCCUCGGAGACCGAACGACCACCAUCCGGACGUAUUUGGCGACAACUGGUUCAGGCAUCAUGGAAGAGGAGCCUCCGGAAUCGCUGAAGUCCCGCUACGGUGGCUGAUAUCAUCGUCAAAUCGACAGGUUUAUCCUCUUGACCUUUCUAUAUUUAACCAUAUUUUGGGACCCGAUUAGUAGAGCUGCCAAUAUAGAAUUCUUUUAAUGAAUCAUUCUUUGCUUUAUUGUUUGCUCCCACUUCAACUGGUCAAGGGAUAAAGUAGAGGGUUUAUUUCAUAACUUUUUAGUUAAUUUACGGAGAAGAAAAUUGUGCUAUUAUAAUAACUAUAAUAAUUCUGUUUUAUAUUAAAUAUUGUAAUAAUUAGUUUGGUAAUUUUUAAUAUAUUGAAAAUCGUAACUUUACACCUUAA